CUGGAUUGUUCCGAUCGAUGCCAUUCCGACCCUUGACAACCCCGCUUUAGAUUGCUCCCCAACCCUAAAGCAUCGUGCAACAUCGGCAGUUCAGUAGCCGAAGCUCUCCAUGACAUGGCGUCUUGAAAUCAUGUUUGCCACCGUCGGAUCCGGAUAUUCGCAAAAAUCAUCCUCAUCCAAAAUGGUUGUGUAUAAAGAAUAACAUCUAGUGCCAUCAACAGAAAAUUUCUGUAAAAAUAUACUUUCUUUAUUUUCUUACACACUUUCAAAUUCGUAGUUUGGAACAAUGUUAGAACCGUACUCACCCGCCUUACUAUGGCUCAUAGUGUUAGGAUUCGUUAUCGCUUUUGUUCUGGCAUUUGGUAUUGGGGCCAAUGAUGUUGCCAACUCCUUUGGUACCAGUGUUGGUUCCAAAGUACUCACCAUCUUCCAGGCUUGCUGUUUAGCCACCUUUUUUGAAGUUGCUGGUUCAAUACUCAUUGGAUACAAGGUUUCGGAUACCAUGAGAAAAGGCAUUUUGGACAUAUCUGUAUACAAUAAUGCAGAACUUGAACUGAUGCUUGGCUCGUUAAGUGCACUGGCUUCAAGUGCAGCCUGGUUGAUGGUGGCAACAUUCUUCAAAUUACCCAUUUCGGGUACUCACAGCAUCGUUGGAGCCACUGUUGGUUACAGCCUUGUCGCCAGGGGAAUGGAAGGCGUCCAAUGGAAAACUCUCGGAAAAAUAGUUGGAUCAUGGUUCAUUUCGCCGGUACUCAGCGGCUUGACUUCAGUGACUCUGUUGUGGGUGAUAAAGACUUGCAUCCUUUCGAAACCGGAUCCGUUAGAAGCUGGCCUAAUGUCUUUGCCGCUCUUCUACAGCUUCACCAUCCUCGUGAACGUCUUCUCCAUCGUCCAUGAUGGACCGAAACUUUUGUACAUGGACAACAUCCCGUUGUGGCUCGCCGCAGCUAUAAGCGUCGGCAUUGCUCUAUUUUUUAUGGUGUUUAUUUGGCUAGUCGUAGUACCGUGGCAACGAAGAAAGAUACUAAGAGAAAUGGGCCAUCCAAAGUCUCCCGUCAAUUUUAAUAUCGGCGAAUCAUCGGAUACAUCUCCGGAAGGUAGUCCAAAAAAAUCAAAUCGGAACUCUGCGCUGUUAGAACGUCAAUUAACUGUUAUAUCGGAAAAUACUGAAUUACAAGCACUAGAUAACCGUAUAACUGCUGCAAAAUACAUGUUUCCAAUUCAAACUAGUGAUAAGAACGGUUACAUGCCACCUACCGAGACUGAAGUACAAACCAGACCCAAAGAGCUUAAAUUCGUAGAAAGUACUGGUGACGUUAAUCCUACUUUGUCCCCAAGUUCAAGCGGAGUUCCACUAAUAAUGAACAAGAGCUUCGCCAAACAAAACGACCAAGGCAUCUGUGCAAUAGAACUGCAGGAAAACCCGGAAUUGCUCAUGGAAAAUAAAAGUGUAUCAAAACUUUUUAGUUUCCUGCAAGUGUUGACUGCUAUGUUUGGAAGUUUUGCUCAUGGAGGUAACGAUGUAAGCAAUGCAAUUGGGCCUUUGAUAACUUUAUGGCUUAUAUACACGGAAGGAAGCGUCCAACAAAAAUCCGAAACACCCCUUUACAUACUUUUGUAUGGUGGUUUUGGUAUAUCAGUUGGUCUUUGGUUAUGGGGUAGAAGGGUCAUUGAAACAAUCGGUGAAGAUUUGACCACUAUUACACCGUCUACUGGAUUUACAAUAGAGAUUGGUGCUGCGUUUACAGUGUUACUGGCCAGUAAAAUUGGUAUACCCAUUUCUACAACACACUGCAAAGUCGGAUCUGUGGUAUUUGUGGGAUAUUUCAGCGCGUCUAAAAAAGGUGUCGACUGGAGUUUAUUUAGGAAUAUCAUCUCUGCCUGGGUAGUCACAGUUCCAGUUGCUGCUCUCCUUUCAGCUGGCACAAUGUUACUGUUACGUUUCAUAAUUUUGUAAAACUAAAACCAAACCUCUAGCUAAUAGUGCUGUGGUUAGCGAUUAGUCAAUGUUUAACAACAAAGCUGUUAGUUUAGAUUCUAUCAGUAUCGCAUCGCAAGUUUUUUGUUGCAUUUUUCAUUAUAGUCAUAACUUUGUAUUUAAAGGACCACUACUGCCAUCGAACAGUAAUUAGUAGGAUUUUAUUGUGGGCUGUGUGACCUCUAAGCACUUACAGGGUUGAGUAACUCGGCAGAACUUAAAAGAGUGCAAUGAAAAAUUUGCCAUGGGAUAUUUUUUAAUGAUUUAAUCAAAUUACUAAUUUUUAUACUUACAUUUUUCUAUACCAGUAUUAUUUUGUAUAUGGGUUAGAACUUAGGAAAACAUGAGACUAGUUGAAAUAUAAAACAGGCAGUAUACAGUAUGGUUUGUUUCUUGGAAUUUCUAUUGGGACAAGAAUAAUGAAAUCAAAAAUGUACUGUAUAAUGUAUUCCUCAAUUACCUAAUUGUAAGUGUCCUAUGUAUUAAAGUUACUAGACAUAUUACAUUAAUGUUAUAACAUUUUUUUAUCGAUGUAUUAUUAAUCACAAGCAUAGUAGAAAAUUUACAAGUGUCUGGCAUCAAACUUAAUUCAAAAUAAGCAAUUUUAUUACUUAUAUAAUAUAUUGUUAGUAUAUAUUUUACAACUUUUUGAUAACAAAAUUCUGCAUUUUUGUCAAUAAAUUCACAAGUUGGGUGAUUAAUAGAACCAUAUAAUUAUAAAAUUAAUUUAUUUGAAAUGAUAUAUUUUUAAAGAACGGUUUUAUACUUGCCAUCCAUGUUCACAUAUAUUUAGCCAGUACUCAUUGUACUUUAUAAAUCAAUGACCGUUUUUAACCCCUAUAAUGGCAUGUCUGUGAUUGCAAAAUAAUUUUGCCAGUGUCUUGUUCUUGUUCAAAAAAACACUAAUAAGGAAUAUUGUUAUAAAAUAUUAUAUUGUAUUUUUUAAUCAAACGAUUAUUUCGCAUUACAUAUUUAUUUUUUAAACGUGUACGUACGUACUAUGCAAAUAAAAGGUAUAGGAGUUAAA